CCUCCUCCUCCUCUUCACAGCGUUGGUCGCCAUCCAUCCCCUCUCCUCCUGUACCAUAACAGAUGGUGGGAACAACAUUGCAUCCGCCUGGUACCACAACAAUAGACCGCAGCAUCCAGUCCGGACAACGCUGGCCUUGCACCAUCAUGCUCCUAGUGCAGGACUGCGUGAGGCUGUGAGUGCCGUCGUGAUUCAUUUCACGCGGUACCACCACCACCACCAUCACGGCCACGGAGGAACCUUCUUGCUACUGUUUGGGCUCUCCAUCGAGCGGGGAAGAUGGCCGCUAUGAAAAUAUUAACAGGCACAGGGCUCUUCUUGGCUUUCUGUGCGCUCGGGCUGCUCGCCAUGGCCAUUUGCACCGAUUACUGGUACGAGACUGAUGCUCGGAGACAUCGAGAGAGGUGUAAAAACUAUGCCAACAAGCGAAACGACCCGGGGUACAUCUACAUUUCCAACCACAACCUCCCCCUCCAGAUGCCUCCUAAGAGCCUAGAGAGGAAAGGUAACGGCCCAGAUGCUGGAGCUCUCAUCCGGGGGAAGCGCCACUUUCUGGCCGCGGCGUCCGCCAUGGAGUCUCACUGCAGUCGGCAGUUUAACUCCACCAUCUCCGGGCUUUGGAGGAAGUGUCACCGGGAGGGAUUCGACCUGGAGACCGAGGACCUUAUUUACAAAGUUAUAGCUGUCUCCAUCUCCUUUCCGGCAGGAAUAAUUCAAAGAUGUACCCCAGUCAAGUAUCACUACUCUUCGUCCAUCCUACCACGAAAUGUACCCAUCAACAUCACAAAGACCAUACGACAGGAUGAGUGGCAUGCACUCCAUCUAAGAAGAAUGACGGCUGGCUUCGUGGGAAUGGCCGUGUCCAUCAUUCUCUUUGGCUGGAUCAUCGGAGUGCUGGGAUGCUGCCAGCAGCAUGACCUCAUGCAAUAUGUAGCUGGGCUACUCUUUCUCAUGGGAGGAACAUGCUGCAUAAUCUCCUUGUGCACAUGUGUGGCAGGAAUCAACUUUGAGUUAUCCCGCUACCCCCGCUACAUGUACGGCCUGCCUGAGGACAUUAGCCAUGGCUAUGGCUGGUCCAUGUUUUGUGCCUGGGGUGGUCUGGGUCUCACAUUGCUGGCUGGCUUCCUCUGCACCUUGGCACCUUCCCUGAGCACGCCCACUCGCACAACACCCCACAAGCCGAGGCAGGAGAAUGGAACCGUGUGACAGAGGCGUGCAGCGUCGUGCAGCGUCUGACCCACCAAACGCACAAACCACACCCUUCCAACCUUGAUGUUAACUCUGAGACCCUUUUUGUCUGAUCACCAUCUCACACCACCCUCGACAUCACCAUCUCCUUUCAGUGUUCAGUGUGCCUGAGUUAUGAUCGAAGGAGCAAACUAACGACAAACUUCACACACCUAAUCUUAAAAAUCCCAGAGGGACAUCCAGGAACACCAAGACUAACACCCACAGUAACGUAAGACUGGAGCACCGCUCUCUUAGCACAAAUAAGACUUUUUUUUGGUUCAGCUGUAUGACAUGCUGACUUUAUGGCAAUCUAAAGGUGACUGUUUUCUCUGAAGAAUAUUUGUCUUAAAAAUGGUGCUCUCUUUAAACAUAAAGCCACAAACACUCCCAUGCAACACACACACACACACACACACACACACACACACACACACACACACACACACACACACACACACACACACACACCAGCACAUGCUUUUCCACACAUACGGAAUUUCUCUGGAUGAAUCAUGGAAGAAAUCCUCCAUAAGGAAAAAAAAACCCAUCAAGCCUGAGCAUCUUGUCAGAAUUCCUCUUUCAGUCGAGUGAUGUGCGCUGUGUUAUUGUUCGUAAUGAGAAAAAAAUCUGCUGUUGACUGCCCAUUGCUUUUUUUUGGUGUAGCACACUAACUGAUAUCAAACAUGAGCCCCGGAGUAUCUGCAGCCUCUGCAGAGCACAGAAUGGAUCUAACAGCUUGGUCAGUUACAUAAAAUACACUAAAGUAAACCUUCAUUGAAAAGAAAAUCAUUUGAUGCUUCUUUAAAGAGUCUAUAUGUACAAAGGCAUCUGUAUGUAGAUCCAGAUCAUUGUUUGUGUAAAGUAGAUUUUGAAUAAGAAAAGUUGUUUCUGUUUGUUUAGAGGUGAUGGCAUAAAGAGUUACAGGGUGUUGGUACGAGGAUUAAUCCAUUAUUGGAUUCAGUAGUAUUUCGCUGUACCAAACUGACUGACGCAACCCAUUUGUUUGCUGAUGGAGCAAAACAAAAAUCCAAACUGUAAAAGAAGUUCUUAAUUUCUCCAUUAUUUACUCUCAGUUUUGGUCAGCCUUUAUGUGUAAGACAAGCAAGUUUAGCGAUUUUAGAGGGGAAGAAAUGCAACUUCAUUGAACAAAAAAAAAAGCUGCAUUGCAAAUCCUCAUCUGCAGUCAUAGCCUCACACAUUGGAGGGCCAAAGUGUCCUCAUAUAUUGGCUAACAUCUGGGUCACUACUGUAGAAAUGGAGGAGCUGUAUAAAAAAAGAAGAAACAUUGGCAUAAUGAAACAUGAAAUGUUUGAUUUUGAGCUUAAGAUUGACCAGGCAAUCAAAACUCCCAGUUUGAUUGAUGUGUGGAACAAAUCUUGUUUCAUUUCUUCAGCAUUAAGAUUUAAAUGUGUACUCGCAUACAAAAUGGUGUGUCUUAUGUAGUAUGCCUACUUUUGUGAGUCAAAGGUUGGAUGAAAAAUACUUCCCAACUCAUGUGGAAAAAAGCACAAAUAGUCAUUUAGAAAGGACUGCAGUGAUGUAAAUGAAACCUGCAUUCCAAACACUUAAUUGGGAUACGCUGUCACAGGGAAAUUAAGUGUUUAUAAUGAUAUGACUUGAUUUCAAGUGUUGUGUUAAUGUACAACAUUUAGAAAACAACAAACUAACAAGCAGAACAUAGAGUUAUACAUUCUUGAUGAAACUUUUUAUUUAAAAUUGGAAGUGCCAUUUUCAUUAACAGGGCUGAGGUGUGGUGCACACAUUGUGUGUAAUACGUACAAAUCAGUAAAACACACCAAUUAUUGUAUACUAACUUACAAAAUUGUACACUUCAUAGUAUGGAGUAUGGAUGAGGCCAAAGAGUGAAGCAGGUAAAAAUGUGUUAAAUGGAAAGGUAGAAACAAUUCUCCCGGUGACACUUGUGGAUGAUAAUAACUCACAGCAGCCAGUUUUCUGUUUCGCAAAAUAUUAUUUCCCCCCCCCGCCAUUAGAACUCAUUAAUUUUGAAGUUUUAAAACUCACUACAAGUAAACAAGAAUAUUACAGCCAUGUGUGAUGAUGUUUUUAUAAACUGCUGAAGAGGAGUCAUGAGAUAUUCCAUCAGCUAUUAACUUUCUUAGAAAAAAAAGGUGUUCAAAUGUGUGUUAAUAACACUGUGUGUGAUGUUCAGUCCUUUCACCAUCACCAUUAACCUCCUCACGAGGUUACCACUCUUCAGAAGUCAAGGAAAUUAGCUGAGGCAUGAUUGAAAAAUGUAUCUACAGUGUCUUGUUGAAUCUUUGCACUUUGCUGGGUCUCAUAAAAGCCUGUACACCUAAAGUCUGAGCAGGUGGAGUUAUACAGUAUAUGUUUGCAAGUUCACAAACAGGUGCAAAGGAUGAUCAGAGCAUGUAAUAAGCACCCUGUUGUGUCUUUUACAAAGGGUUUGGGCUCAUACCAUGUUGUGUGUUUAGGGUCAGUUGGACUAGGCUCUUAUUGUGAAAAUAUGUAAGCCAGAAACAAGGAAGAACCAUAAAUAUAAUAACAUUUAUACUUAUGGACAUGACACUAACUACUGAGUCAGUGUACUUUCUGGCAUCCUGCGACUCACAGAAUGCAAAGCUAUUUGGUGUUUUGGUUUUAUAAAGUUGUAAGUUCACACCCAAACUGAUGCGCAGUAAUAUAAGUAUUACUGUUAGCAGUAACAUGUAAUGUGUAAGUACAUGGUGCAAGUAUAAUGUGUUGUUAGGACUAAAGCACAAAUGCACACAACUCUUACUCUAACUUUUUUGUGUAUUAUAGUUGGAAAUCUGACAUUUCCAGUACGGUGCCACCAAUGCACGUGUGCAGGAAGAGUAUUACAAGAAAAAAAAAUCAAGCAUAUGUUUACACCCCUAUAUCUAAAAUGAUACUAUUCAAGUAAAACAACAUCAUAAAAAUGUCUGUAUUACAAGACAAUAAAUUGCAAAUGAUUUUAUUGAGUGACAUUACAGAAUAACAGAAGCACACAGUAGCAAGAUUGACAAAGCAUAAAAAAUGAUGUGCUUUAAAGAACAAAUGAGGUGAACACAGUCUAAAAAUGUAUUUGAAAUUGUUGUAAAAUCCCUUUCAAGUGACAAUUUCCUGUUUUACAUGAGGAACAUAGAAAUGUACUCUGUGCGAUGAGAGAUGCCCUGUGAAAACGCCUCCGUUCAGAGUGGCACUUGUUUCAGUAGCACAGCUAUUAUUUUCUACAAGUCAUUUAUACUGGUUCAAUCCACAGAUGUUAUGUGGGGACUAAAAAGACAUUACAGUCUUGCAUGAUCUCAUUACAUUAGUUUCUUUCAAUAUAAUAAAACUUGUGUCCAUUUUUAAUUAAUUUAUUUUACUGAAAUAAAACAUGUAAUUACUAAAGUGUGGUGACUUUUUGUUGGCUUUCUGCAGUUUUAGUUCUCCAAAGUUGUACACUUGUUUGUGAAUCUUCCCCACUAAUCGUCCUUUGAUCUUUGAACAUUGAAUAUGUGACUCUCAAAAUCGUGCUGAUGAGGCAUCGAUGUGUUUAGUGCAGUACUGUCAGUGGGCAUAAGGUAGUUCAUGGGACUGAAAACCGAUUUCCAGUCCACCUAAGAGAUGAAUGUCCGAGGGAUGACAGCACCCUCCUCCAGAUAAACACGGAGGCGAGGCUUGGCCUUUUGUCACUUAGGACAUGGUGCCAUCUAGAGGGAGGACUUGAUGUUUGUGUCUUUGCCUCUUUAAGCCUGAGGUAAUGCAAUGUCUGCUACACACUCAUAAU